AUGCUCCCAUUCAUUGCUCUUUCCGUGCCAAAACCUCCCAUUCCGCGAGGUGCUCCUGGCACGUCCAAAGUACUUUACCGAGUACAAUUGGCAAGAAGUCCUCCUCCUCUCCGACUACAUACAUCCUUUUUCCCCCACAACCCACCUGGCAGGCAGUCAUCCGGUCGGAUAUCGCGACUCAGAAGCGGUCCAUACCUGUCACGACGAUCCGCCGGGGAUUAUUUCGCACUCGACCUGAUUCAGUCCAGAAGCAGCAACAGACAGGAGUCCCCCAAGUCGGCCCCCCCUUGA